AUGGAGGCGCGGCGGGGCACGGGACCCCGGACCCCCGGCACGCUCUUCGCCUUGCUGGCGCGCAACCAGGAGGCCCGCAGAGAAAUCCCGCUCUGCGCGGGCUGCAACCAGCACAUCGUGGACCGCUUCAUCCUGAAGGUGCUGGACCGGCAUUGGCACAGCAAGUGCCUGAAAUGCCACGACUGCCAGGGCCAGUUGGCGGAGAAAUGCUUCAGCCGCGGCGAGAGCGUCUACUGCAAAGAGGACUUCUUCAAGCGGUUUGGGACGAAAUGUGCAGCCUGCCAGCAAGGCAUCCCUCCGACCCAGGUCGUGCGAAGGGCCCAGGACUUUGUCUACCACCUCCACUGCUUCGCCUGCAUCGUGUGCAAGCGGCAGCUGGCGACGGGGGACGAAUUCUACCUCAUGGAAGACAGCCGGCUGGUCUGCAAGGCUGACUACGAAACGGCCAAGCAGAGAGAGGCCGAGUCCACCGCAAAGAGACCCCGCACGACAAUCACAGCCAAGCAGCUGGAAACGUUGAAAAAUGCUUACAACAACUCGCCCAAACCAGCCCGGCACGUGAGGGAGCAGCUGUCUUCUGAGACCGGCCUGGAUAUGAGAGUGGUUCAGGUUUGGUUCCAGAACCGAAGGGCCAAAGAAAAACGGCUAAAAAAAGAUGCCGGGAGGCAGCGAUGGGGUCAAUACUUUAGAAACAUGAAGCGAUCGAGAGGGAACUCCAAAUCUGAUAAGGACAGCAUCCAGGAAGAAGGGCCAGACAGUGACGCCGAGGUCUCCUUCACAGAUGAACCUUCUAUAUCGGAGAUCAGCCACUCCAACGGGAUUUACAGCAACCUUGGCGAAAACUCCCCUGCCUUGGGCCGACAAGCCGGGUCAAACGGCAGCUUCUCCUUGGAGCACAGCGGCAUCCCGCCUCAGGACCAGUACCACGACCUCCGGUCCAACAGCCCUUACGGGAUACCCCAGUCUCCGGCCUCGUUGCAAGCUCUGUCCGGCCACCAGCCGCUGAUGUCUAGCUUGGUUUACCCCGACGGCGGCUUGGCCAUCGUGGGCCAAGGAGGACAGAGCGUGCCUCAGCCCAUGAGGGUCUUAGGGGGGAAUGGACCCAAUUCAGAUCUCUCGACAGGAAGCAGCGGGGGCUACCCGGAUUUCCCCGCCAGCCCGGCCUCGUGGCUAGACGAAGUCGACCAUGCCCAGUUUUGA